AUGUGGAUCAUCUCAUUCUGGGUUUUCCCCGUCAUCUCGGCCUGCAUGUGGCUCGCAAUGCUGAUUGCGAUGCUAUCGACCUGGGCAGUCAAGGGAAAGCCUCAUUACAGCAACAUGCCCGCAAGCCGCACAAUUCCAUACAUCUCAGAUAUCGGUGCAACUGGGAUACAACCUCUCUUCAUUGCCGGCAGCGUGGUCACAGUCGUUUUUCUAGAUCUCUCUUUCUUGUCAGAGCGCUGGCUACGACACUCGGGACAGCUUGUGCGCAACAAAGGACGCUUCGAUAAGGCCUGCUCGAUCAUCUCGAUCAUUUUCUCGUUCAUUGGAGCGGCAGGGCUGAUCUUGCUGUCGAUCUUUAAUGACGUCGAUUAUAAGAAUGUGCAUGACUCGAUGUUAGGAGUGUUCAUUGGAGGCUACUUGCUUAGCGCUAUAUUCAUCUGUAUGGAAUAUCUGCGACUGGGUGUCACAUAUCGGCGACAACACCGUGUGCUAUUCAUCAGCUUCUGGAUCAAACUCCUGUUUAUCAUCAUUGAGCUCGGUCUCGCUAUUGGAUUUGGAGUCUUGAACCAGAAGGAACACGGUGUCACAAACGCGGCUGCUAUUCUCGAAUGGGUCAUUGCAUUGGUCUUUACAUUCUACGUCCUUUCAUUCAUUAUCGAUUUGCUUCCGUCCGUACGCACUCGCCAUCAUAUUCCACAGGGCGAGAAAGCACUGCACAUGAGCCGGCCGAGCACUAGCUCUGGACCUCAGCAUGAGAUCACGUACGAAGAGCCCGUGACUACAGACUCCAUGGGCGAUCGAGGAAACACCUACCGCGGCCAAGUCGUCAACGGGCACCACAUGAGCGGCACACAUGUGCCCCGAGACUUCUAA